AUGGUGUGGUCUGCCUCUCCAUGGAGAGGUUCAGAGCCUUACAAUUAUGUUGCCUUUCUUUGUGAGUUUCUCUUUUUAAAAUUUGAAUUNACCUCCUCCAACCUGUCACUACUGCCACAAUCACCCCCACCCUUGCCAACGUACUCACCUCCUCCACCUACACACGUACAACCAACACCAUCACCGCCUUCACGUGGACAUCAACCACAACCACCCACUCAUCGACAUGCACCACCUACUCAUCAACCUUCACCCCCAAGACAUCUACCACCUUCUCCCCGUAGGCAACCACAACUACCAACUUACUCACCUCCUCCACUUGCAUAUGCACAAUCACCCCCGCCAUCACCAACGUACUCACCUCCUCCACCUACAUACUAUCCACCACCACCAUCACCAAUUUACUCGCCUCCACCGCCUGCAUACUCACCACCUCCACCACCAGCACCAACUAUCUCGCCUACUCCUCCUGCAUACUCACCACCACCAACGUACUCCCCUCCUCCACCUACAUAUUUGCCACCGCCACCAUCACCAAUUUACUCGCCUCCUCCGCCUGCAUACUCACCACCACCACCACCAACGUAUUCCCCUCCUCCACCUACAUAUUCUCCANAUGGUGGGGACACAUAA